AUGCCGUUGCUGACUGUCGCCGAGGUGGUCCUGCUAGGUAUGGAACUUUUUAUUCCAUUGUCUGCGGUGCCGGUCGGUGGCAAGUCCCAGCCUUGGUUUAGGCGUUCUUGCAAAGCGGCUUUGCGCCCCUCCAGGUCCGUCAAGCGGGAAAUCGCUAAAGCAAAGUGGGAGCACAUUGACAGAUUUGGUGAGAAAUUGGCCCAUCUCCCUUCGGGAACUCGAGCCAUCUGGUCUCUUGCCAAAGCUGUCCAAGGGAAUUUCUGUCAGCCCUCAAUUCCACCACUGCAUAGGGAGGAUGACUCACUGGCCCAUACCGCGAAAGAGUAG